GUCGGCGAAGAAGAAUUCCGAAUCUUUUCAGUCCUGUUUGGAGUCACGAAUGGAUCUUUGGUUGUUCAAACCAGAUCUUUUCCCAUCAUUCUCGCGACAGAUCAUUCCUGGUCGUCCCAAAUGUGCCGACCAUGGCCAUGUUGUUACCGCCACCCGUUCUGCUGCUGUCACUACUACUACUGUUGUUGAUAAGACCAAGCUAUGGAUUCUCCACCCCCCGAAAUGGCAAAGCUCUCUGGAACAACAAAUCGCCUUCCAAGGUUCCACUGUACAGCACAGCUAAUACACAAGCCAGCAUUCCCAGUGAGUUUCAAGAGGAAUCGAUCAAUUCCGCUCUAGCAGCCCGAGCAUGUGCCCGAGCGUCCGCCCUCUCGGCCGUGGUGGAUAUGGGGAUUCAUGCCUUGGAAUUGGUCGAUAGUGGUGGCGUUACUACUACAAGUAUCCGCAGUAUUCUACUACAAGAUGGCAACAUCCUCGCCAGCCUUCGAACGAUUUGGAAAUUGGGAUUUGCCGGCAAUUUGUGGUUUGCCUCCUCGCUCAUGGCCAAAAAGGGUCAGGCGUCCCCCCAAGAUGCCCAACGAGGUCUGACCACCAUGACCAAAGUAUGGAGAAUCACGGGAAUUGUCGUGUCCAUUUCCACCGCCACCAACUUGGCGGUGGCAUGGCAAAGCAGGGUCACUCGUAUACGAGAGGGAAUUGCCGUUGUGAUGGCAGGAGUCAUUGCCUUGGUCUUUUGGAAAUCCCAGCAACAAACCAAAGGACUGGAAGAGCAAUCCCACCACAAUGACAAUAACAAUAGUGACAAUGACAACAAUCUACUGGUGGAAACUUUGCGUCGACAAGGCAAAACCAUGUCCCGCGCCAUGCUCUUUUGUACCGCCAGUUUUCUACUCCAAAUUGGAUUUAUUCCCUUGAUUGCACUCUCCCAUGCCACCUAUUCCUGGCAAGAAGUCAUAUUGACACUGCUCAAUUUGCCCACUCCAUUGGCACUGGUGAGUGCCCUGCGACGAUUGCGAAAGUCCUUUUUGCAAGUCUUGUGGCAGGCACAACCGCUCCAAGGCAGCAGCAGCAACCAAGUGGCACUGCCUUCCGAGACAUUUCACAAAUGGACCCAGGGACAGCAGCAGUUUUAUGGAGAAGCUCGAUCGGCGUUCAGAGCGGAUCUAAUCAUGAAGAUACUCUUCACCCUGGCGUCGCCCAGAGGGAUUGGAAAGAUUAUCAUUACGCUAUUUGCUGCCAAGGUUGGGUAGACAACAUACAUUGCAAUUAGCUCAUCCGAACAGGUGAACCUAAGCUAGCUAGUAAUAGAUAGCCAAAGCCACCCUAGCUAGCUAUGAAGUCAUCCAUUCCAAGCAGUGGGGCAGGGUGAGCUGCCAGCUCUAGUUUGACCAAGAACAGAAAGGAACUUGACAGCAUUCCAGGUUGAUCUUCAUGGUGGUGCCUAGUAGCAUCCUUCUAAACGUGGGAAGAAAGUAACAAGCACAUCAUAAAUGCCAUCAUGCGACUACAAAUAAAUGGUGUGUCGUUGACUUGCUUUUGAGGUCUACAUUUCCACUUCGGUGUAUCCUCGAUCAAUGGUAUAGAAACGUUGCACAAACACAUUGUCAAUCAAGUCAUCCGAGUUGAAAUGCUCGCGCACAACACCAAAAAUGUCCAGAUAAUUUCCUGUCUCUUCCAACACCACACCAUGAUACCGAAAGGCCACCAGAAUACCAUCCGUCUCCGAGUCUUCGUACACUUCAAAAUGACUCAAUUGAUGAAAGGAAAAGCGACGAGUGGCAAAGUUGACCCACAAUCCUCCCACUGCAUCGGUACCAUUCAGUGAAAACUGGCGAGCACCGGCAUCAAUAUCCCACACCACAUCCUCGGUACUGGAAGGGACAAUCCGUUCCAUGUAGAAUUGCAGGGGAUCUGCCACGUCCUCAUUGGCAAUAUUGUCCACUUCGGUCAAGAGCACCGUCGCCAAGAGUUGGUACUUGUAGGCAGUCUCGGAAUCUGCCAGUUCCAACACGGGAUCCUCUGCUGCAGCGCCCUUGGCAUCUUCCUUGACAUCUUCCUUGGCAUCAUCCUUGGAGUCCUCCGUGGGGGCUUCUUCCAUCGACACGCUUUCUUCUUCCUCCAAGUUUCGCAGUUUGCUGGUCCUUUGACCUUUGAGCAGGUUCGUGUUGCCAGUGGCGCUCACGGCGUGGGAGGCCAAAAGCAGCAAGCUUAGCAUUGCAACGAAGUGGAAGGAGGAGCGCAUCAUCUUCUAUCAGCCAGCAACUUGAUUAUGAUGUGCAAGGUACGAUACUUCUCGUUAUUAUAACUGUGUGCGAACUUAUGUCAAACAAAAGAAGGAAAGCAGGUGAAAUGGGAUGGUUCUGAUUUGUACCUGGUACCGGUGCAUGAUUCAUCAUUCGACACGAAUUGAUCAGGCUGUUUUUGUGAUUUUUCUCGUCAAGUUUCCCAGACCAAUUUUGUCAGAUUUCGGGUGGAUCUUUGGUGUCAUGUUUUUUGGUGUCACACACGAAUGAAGAGGCACCGUUCCGGUACCGUUCCGGUACGGUACCGGUACAGUACAGCCGUACCGGUACCUACCCGUACGGUACCAUACCGUAAAGCAAAGAAGUAGGCUACUCUAACCUCCACUAUGAUGUGGCUCGACGGCACCAUCAAAGAGCUGCCAUUUGCAACAAGCAAUCAAUCACAAGC